UUAUUUACUUUUUAAAUAAAUUUUUUUCAAAUUUUUAAUUAUAUUUUUUCAAUCAAUACGUUUGCAUUUAGUGUUGAUUGAAUUUAGAAGACGGUAUAAUAUCUAGCCUGUUUUAUAAGUCUUAUUUAAUAAAGUUUAAAAAUUCUAAGAUUAUUUUUGUUUUAGUUGUUAAAUUACUUGGUACUAAUAAUGAUACUGGAAAUAAUUGCUGGUCUAUUUGUCUUGAUGCUAAUGAUUUACAAAUGGUCCAUCUCAAGUUUUACAUUUUGGAGUGAUCGUGGUGUAACAGGACCAGCACCAACACCACUAGUUGGAAAUAUUGGUGAUGUAAUACGUGGAAAACAAUCAAUUGGUGAUUGUUUAAAAAAAUAUUAUGAUGAUAAUAGUGAUUUACCAUAUGUUGGAUUAUUCUCUAGACGUGAACCAGUAUUAUUAAUAAGAAGUUUAGAUCUAAUUAAAGAUGUUCUUAUAAGUGAUUUUUCAAAAUUUUCUGAUAGAGCACUAAAAACAUAUGAAAAAGCUGAUCCAUUAUCACAAAAUUUAUUAGUACUUGAAACAAAACGAUGGCGUCCACUUAGACAUAAAUUAUCACCGGUGUUUACAUCUGGAAAAUUAAAAGAUAUGUUUUAUCUAUUAUUAAAUUGUGGUGAUAUGUUACAAAAACAUAUGGACAAUGUUAUUGAUAAAAAUAAUAUUAUUGAAGCACGUGAUUUAACAGCAAGAUAUACAACUGAUGUCAUUGGCACAUGUGUAUUUGGAUUAGAAAUUAAUGCAAUGAAUGAUGAUGAUAAUGAAUUUCGUAAAAUGGGAAAACAAAUAUUUAAGUUUACAUGGAAAAAAGUUUUUUUAUAUCAACUAAGAGAUUUUUUUCCAUCAGUUUAUGAAUUUUUAGCACCAAUUGUUAAAAGACAUAGUAUUACAAAUUUUUUUAUCAAAAUAAUGAAGGACACAAUGGCUUAUAGACGUGAAAAUAAAAUAUAUCGUCAUGAUUUUUUGGAUUAUCUUAUGGAAAUUAAAGAUAAUCCUGAAAAAUUGCCUGAGAUUAAAUUAACUGAUGAAUUGUUAGCAUCACAAUUAUUUAUAUUUUUUUUAGCUGGUUUUGAAACAUCAUCUUCAACGAUGACCAAUAUGCUUUAUGAACUUGCCCAGCAUCAUGAUUAUCAAGAUAAACUUAGAGAAGAAAUACGAGAUACUUUGUCUGCUAAUGAUGGAAAAUUAACAUAUGAUUCUGUAAAAAAUAUGAAAUUUUUAGACAUGUUAUUUAAAGAGACACUGAGAAAGUAUCCAAUAGGAACCAUGCUCAGUCGAAAAUCUACAUCUGAAUAUACAUUCUCUGGAACAAAUCUAACAAUUCCAAAAAAUACAUUAAUCUUUAUUGCAGUUCAAGGGAUUCAUUUCGAUCCGAAAUUUUAUAAAAAUCCAGAAAUAUUUAAUCCGUAUAAUUUUACUGAUAAAGCAAUAAAAUCAAGGCAUCCAAUGAGUUUUCAAGCUUUUGGAGAUGGUCCAAGGAAUUGCGUUGGUGCACGAUUUGCCUAUCAACAAUCAAAAGUUGGAAUCAUCAAAAUGCUAGAAAAAUAUUAUGUAGAUGUUUGUGAAAAAACAGAAAUUCCAUACAAGGUCAAUCCAAAAGGUUUUCUACUUGCUCCACUAAAUGGAAUUUAUCUUAAAUUUACAAAGAUUUAAAAAAUAAAUUAAAAACAAUUUUCCCUUUUCUUUUUUGUUGUCUAUGAAAUAAAUAUAAAAAAACAAUAUACAA